GAUUUAAAAGUAAAAUUAAUCUCGUCAACACAUUUAGGACUGGGGCCAGUCGAAAAGACGUGUUUUCUGAACCGAGAGCUAUGAACACAGGUCCGGGCAAUCCAAAACCCGUGCAGCUUUCUGGGAUCAAGUGCUUGGUCAACAUCAUCAACAUCAUGUGGACCGUCUCACAGAUGCUUCCUGGACCUUUUGAUCCGAUUUCUGGAAGACUGUGACCGGAUUGUCCUUCCCCGCUCCUCAACUUUAUAACACACACAGUGACGUUGAGCAACAUUGCUUGAGAUUAUGCUGAGCAUCCUUGCAGCUGGCUCCAUAUUCUUCCCAGGCCUCUUCCUGCUGUCCAAGCGAUUCCUGAAACAUGCUCCUGGGCUCAAAUGGAGCGAGAAGGAUGCUGUCAUCGUCUCGUCCAGACUGGUGUCCUCCGUUCAGGCUAUUAUGGCAUCCUCUGCCGGGUACAUCAUCGCCUGUUCUUGUGAAGACAUUAUUGAGGACCAGUUCUGGAGACAGGGGAAAGGGGAUUAUUUCCAGGGUGUGAUGUUCCUGGCAGAACUCAGCACCCCAUCUGUCUGUCUGGGAAAAAUACUCAUCCAGUAUAAGCAACAGCACACUCUCCUACAUAAAGUCAAUGGAGCUCUUAUGCUGGUCACUUUCUUCAUCUGCAGAGUUCUUCUCUUCCCCUACCUCUACUACGCCUACGGCAGGUACGCAUCCAUCCCCUUCUACAUGGUGCCGCUGUCUGUGCCCUGGCAGUGUAACGCAGGUGCAGCUUUGCUCAUGGCCCCGCAAGUCUACUGGUUUUCCCUCAUCUGCAGGGGUGCCUUCCGUCUCUUCACCGGAGCCUCACGGCACAAAGCGACCCCUAGAAGCACAGACUCUGAACCGAAAACCUCACUCCUGCCCCCUGCCAACGGAUACAGCCCCAGAGAGACUGACUCGCACUGAGAAAGGAGUAGAGAUAGAGAUGUAGGUACGGGGUAGUUAGGUUUAGACCAAACAGGAGACUGAAGGCAGAUCAUCUUAUUACAAUGGGUGGAUCUACCUUAGACCCAGCGGUGUGGGUUAGCAAGCAAAGAAACUGAAGGUCUGUACCAUUCACCAUCAUCCUCUCUUUGAGAAGAAAAAGAAGACUGCAGACCAAACCAAACAGAUAGUUUUCUCCCUAACAUGCAUGUUCUCUGUGUUGGAGCAGUAGGUCAGGGAAAUGUCAUCUGCUGCUUUGAAGGGUUAGUGCAUCAUUUGUAGAUUACCAUGGCCAUAAGCUUCAGAAAAAGGGACUGAUGUGGAUGCAACGGGAACAGUAUUUCUAAUGAGUGAUGGAUGGAAGGAUUGAUAGAUCCCUCCUGUUCUCCUCUCUGAGAAUUCUCCUCUCUUGAGAGUCUCUCUCUGUUUGUUACAGUUGCAGAGAAGAUACGAAAAGGAAUCAGAAACUUCUCAGUCGAUUUGUACAUAAGUUUUUAUUAAUAUUUACGUUGAAUUCCAAAUAGAUUUUUUAUUUAUUUUAGAUUUUUGUAGAAUCUGUUUAUUUAUUAUUUAUUCAGUCCUAUUCCUAAUUACAGGUGGAUUAGUUUAAAACAAAACCGUUCACUUCUAAAAAAAAAAAAAAUAAAAAACCCUGACGCUGUUGGAUUCAAAACAACCCCUCAUAUCCUCACUGUGGGUGCAUGGCCUCCUUCCAGCUGUCCAUCUCUCUGUUUUUCCCUUUCCUAGUUUUCAUGACGGCUGAAAACAAGACGGCUGCGGCUGCGUGCAGUUAGUUAGUGAAUCAGCAGUUAUAAAGUAGAAGGGGGGUCAUUUAAAGGAUUUGGAUGAGGCUGAGGUAAUGCAUAUCUCUGCUGCAGUACUCCAAUCCUUUUAAGAUCCAAACAUUGGACAGAGGGGGAAGGGACCGAGCUGCCCAGUAAAAUGCUGCACUUGAAAAUCAGGCUGAAGUUGGCAAGACACUCAGACGAACCUGAGCCAAUCGGUUUGUUCUUUUCAUACAGUUUUAUGUGAGGAGAAUGCCAGCAUAAUGGCCCUCGCUAACCUCUAAUAGACCCACACCACAAUAUGGAUUCUAUGCUACCACUGAUUGUAAUCUGCACAUUGAAUAGGUAACAACUGUGUUUUUUCUCCACAGACGAGAUGUUUCUUAACUGCUUCUUUUCAAGCAGUCAACCUUUGUUUCUGUCCAGAUAUAUAGGAGGUCCACUGAUGAUGCGUUUUGUCACCAAUUAGUCCUCACUUUUAUGGUAAAAGUGUCAUUGGUGUAACGGUGUCAUCACAUACCUCCCUUAGGCCUGAAUCUUUUGCUUUGCUCCCGAACAGGGAUGCCAGUUUGACGUUAAACAGUAUUAUUAAGGGUGGAAAUGAGAGGAUGGCGCACAAGGUGGAUUCUAGAAGUGAAUCUUGCACUGAAUUAUCACAAGGAGGGGUGCUAAACAAACAUCCAAAUCUGUGAGAUACUGUAAUACGUUUAAAAGCACUGCAUAGAUCAUUUAGAUAAAUGUUCUGGACCACUAUAAUUGGAGUCGUUUUAUAGAUUAGUUAUGUUUCUGUUACGCACUAGAACAUUUUUGUUUUGUUUGCGUUACAGUUCGCCUGUAUGCCAAAACGCAUCCAUGUAGCCUUAGAAGUGAUGCUUUCAACAUGCUCUUUACACAAAGUACUACUGGAUUGUUUUACACUGGGUCAUCACAACGCUCAAAGGGACUGCCCAGUGCUGGGCAUGGAUAGGGGCCAGUAUUUUCAACUAUAGCAAAGUAUACUGGUUUGUGAAUGGGUAAAAUUCUUUAGCUAGGAAUGAGUAUCUUCUGACUUUUUUAAAAAUGUUAUGCUUAAUGUUAAUUUAUGUAUUUAUUUGGCCAAGUCUGAAUGUACAUAUGAAUCCACUUCUAAAUGUUCUUCUAAGUGGGCUUCUGUUUAUCUAGUUGCCUGAAGUCUGUUCUGUAAUUCUGGUUUUCUCAUCUGAAAUAUACUCUUGCUCUCUCCUGCUGUGCUC